GUAUCGAACGCCAGUGCGUCUGUGUUCAACUCAGUGUCACAGUGUCAGACAGUUGUCAGUUGCUAGCGGCGGCGGACGAGCGCGUGUGAUUCAAGUGAACAGUGUGCGGAGCUUCAACCAUGGCUCUGCUGCGUCGGCUGGCUGUCAACGCGCCCCGAGGCGUCCGGAUGCUGUCCACGCCGCCACCGACCCGUGACGAACUCGACCUAACCUUCAACAGCUCGAAAGACGCGUUCAAAAGCAAAAAAACUAGCGAACUAGUCCGGGCGUACCUCGUCUACCAAAUAUGCUCAUUCAACUGGAUUGUCGAGAACAAUGACAUGUUGAUGAAGAGGCUGCGGCAGGUUGUAGGACAGAGGCUCUUCGAAGUUAUCAUGAAGGCAACUUUCUACGGGCAGUUCGUUGCCGGCGAAGACCAGAAUAAAAUCAAGCCUACCAUUGAAAGGUUGCGCUCGUUUGGUGUCAAGUCAAUCCUCGAUUAUUCCGUCGAGGAAGAUAUUUCCCAAGAGGAGGCUGAGAAACGCGAAGUCAGCGCUUCAAUCUCAACCUUCGGCGACCAGGCCGAGGAAGGGCAACUCAAGCAGUACCACGUGGAGCAAAGGUUCGCGGACAGGCGUUACAAGGUCACCAGCGCCAGGACCUACUUCUACCUUAACGAGGCUUCUUGUGAGAAGAACAUGGAAGCUUUCAUGAAGAGCAUUGACGCUGUCGCAGGGAUCACCGAAAGCACGGGACUAAUGGCAGUGAAACUGACAGCUCUCGGAAGACCGCAACUACUCCUCCAAUUAUCCGAAGUGAUAAUGAGGGCGCGUAGUUACAUGCACCAGAUUGCUGGCGGCACUGGCAAUGUGCUCACACACCACAAAACCAUUGAGGAUCUGCAGAGGUACCUUGGCGACUUGAGCUCUAAACCUGAAGUGCAGGAGUUCAUGAAAAAGGUUACAUCGGACAAAGAAGGAAUCGUCCAUCUAUUCCCUUGGUCUAACAUUCUUGACAAAGACAUGGGUUUAUCGGACUCGUUCCGAGUUCCGGAUCCGAAGACGGGUCAGAUGCGACGUUUAAUCUCCCAGAUCUCACCAAAAGAAGAGGAAAUGUUCAGGAACAUGUUGCGGAGGCUGAACAACAUAAUCAAGAUCGCCAAUGAUCAUGACGUCAGGAUUAUGAUUGAUGCUGAGCAGACUUAUUUCCAACCGGCAAUUUCUAGGAUCUGCUUGGAAAUGAUGAGGAGAUACAACAAAAACAAGUUUUUAGUAUUCAAUACAUACCAGACCUACCUGAAGAACACCUAUAACGAAAUCGUAACAGAUUUGGAGCAGGCUGAGCGACAGAACUUCUAUUGGGGAGCUAAACUCGUCCGCGGUGCUUAUAUUGAACAAGAGCGCGCGCGAGCGGCAGCCAUGGGCUACGAAGAUCCCACAUGUGAGAGCGUAGAGGCAACAACAACGUCCUUCCACAAAUGCCUCAAGGAAAUUCUCAGCAGGGUUAAGAACGAGCAAAAGGACCGCCUCGGUAUAAUGGUAGCUUCGCACAAUGAAGACACUGUCCGUUACGCCAUCCAGCUGAUGAAGGAACACGACAUCAAACCCGAUGCCAAGGUGGUUUGCUUCGGGCAGCUGCUCGGCAUGUGUGACCACAUCACUUUCCCGCUUGGCCAAGCCGGUUACUCUGCAUACAAAUACGUUCCCUACGGUCCUGUUUUAGAAGUCCUUCCAUACCUCUCGCGGCGUGCCAACGAGAACCGUGGUUUCUUGGUUAAGAUUAAAAAAGAGAAAGGUCUAAUACUAAAAGAAAUUAUCCGCCGUGUUUUCACGGGCCAGGUCUUUUACAAACCGGUUGGUAAUUACACGCCCGUCUAAACACCGAAUAUAUGUAGUCAGGCUUACCAACAUUACGGGUAUUCAAGAUUGGACCGGCUUUAGGUGAUAUAGAAUAAAAAAAAUGUUGACUAAGUAUAGUUUAUGAAAGUGAAAUGUCAAUGAAAAGACUUGUCUAUUAACUUAGCGUUGCGUAUUUUUAAUAGUAUAUGAUUGUGAUAAGUAUUUGGCAUUAAAAUGUCUGUUUUGUUUCUGCAAAAUUACAACCAAAAAGCUGUUUUAAAUGACUAUGUUUUGUCUAAUUUAGGAUGAUAAUUUUGACAGCCCACAGAAGUGAUAUUAACUGAUGAUGAUCGAUAAUUCUUUCCAUAGAACUUGGAAUCGAUAGUUUUAUGCCAAUGCUGAAUGGACAUAUUAUCAUUUUUGAUACAAAACAUUUGAUAUUUAAUUAAUUUUUUGAUAAAAUUAUUUCCAUCUGUGAAUUUUACAUUACAUUCAUGUCUAAUGAUUUCUAAUUAUUUUUAAAGUAAAAUUUAUUUUUUUAUAUAAGUAACAGAUUAUUUUAACAAAUCAUAUCAUUUGUUUAAAUAAACGUGUGGAAUAAUUUUAAUAUUUACAAAAAUCUUUAUUUCGUUAGAUAAUUGUGUUAUUUGAAUGUUCGAUUUAUUUUAUUGCAAAACUGACUUUCUACUUUGGUCUUUCGUUAUAUGUGGCAUUGAGCGGUACCUAUGAAUGAACUAUUUACUACGACAUUAUUUUUAUUAUAAUUGACCGCGAAAAAUACGAAACCUGCAAAAAUUAUCAUCUAAAUUAGAUAAAGCAUAAUGGUAUUUGCCGUAUUUAUGAAAUACGGUUAAAAUGCUAAUUGUGUCUUACUACAGACAGGAUUUAUUUGUCAAAUACGAAGUGUUGUUUCAAGUCUUGGUCCAGUCUGACUGGGGAUGAAAUUACAUCAAGACAAGGCCAUUAUCAAUCAAUUAAAGAUAGGGCUGUUUAUCCAUUCCCGAAUCUUUGGCGGUUAAAUAAAAAACUAGUCUUACUGUUCCGCCAUUCUAUAGUCGAAAUUUAAACAGUUGGUAAGCCUAGGUAAAAUCGGUGAGAUUCCAACGAAGUGGUGAGUUUGAUUAAAUGUUGUUUAGCUAACUUAUUAUGUAUUAAUGUUUUAGGAAUAAUUACACUAUAAUGUUGUAUGAUUGAGAUCAUGAAGUGAUUCUCUUGUUAUUCGUAUAUAAUAUUAUAUUGUCGAUAUAUAUCGAAGUAAUUUGGCCGAUCGCCCGUAGGUUGAGAGAUUUGCGUAGAACGAGUUUCAUUUAACAAGUAGGUGAGCUUUAAUUUUUUUUUCAAGCCUGAUAGUGUAUCACAUCACCCUAGUAUUAAAAAUGUUAAAAUUGUGGAGAUAUUUGGAUCACGCAUUCAACAGCUAAACAAACAGAUAUGAAUGCCUGACGCACAGAUAAACCAAGUCCUGGAUUAAUAAUAAUACUUCUUAUCCCGGAAAAAGAAAAGAUUGAAGACACGAGCAGGAGAUAGAAUCUCUAUAAGUACCUAUAUCAUCACAACUAUACUAUUCUACUUAGGCCAAGAGAAAAAUUAUGUGAGCGAACUAUUCGAAAUAAAAAAAAGCGUUAUUAUACGUGUGUAAUUUUUACGGGUCUAUAUAGAUUUAUCCGUUGUAUGCUGUUGUGCAUAACGUAACAAAAGUCCUAGCGAAUAUCCCAUAAAAUAACUUUCAAAACCACAAAUAAUUCUGUGUACGCGAUUUGCGUAUUGUAGUGCAUAGUGUUGAUACGUGCAGCGAGUCUGUCGUUUACCUCCAUUUAAUAGAAACCUAAGAUUUAAUAAGGUAUUCAAGUGCAUUUGAACGCAUUGUAUGUGUUGUGAGAACGGAACGCAUUUGAGAGUGCUGUGAAAAGCGUUAAGUGAUUGAAAGGCAACUCGGGAGUGCGGGUGAAAUGGUUUACGG